GACCAUUGUUAUACUCGCUCCUCGCCGACUGCCUACGCUGCAAUUGUCUGUACCUCCUUACACGCACACAUACAACGCACGCCACCUUUUUUUUUUUUUUUUUUUUGUCGUCUACAUCUGCAUCCUCCUCAUCCCAUCGCACUCGUGAAGAGUCAACUCUCUUUCUCUGUCUCCCCUUCUUGUAUUUCAUUUAUCCCCCCUCCUGGUAUAUAUCUUUAUCAAAGAAGCUGCAAGAUGCACACCCUAGAUUUGUCUGUCCACCCGGUCACUUCGACCCUCAAGAUGCUCGCCAGUCUGCUCGAGCGAAUCACGACCGCCAAUGACAAGAUCAAACAAGCUUUGCCAGAGCCAGAGACACCGCUCGUCAUGACACCAGCUCAGCAUCAGAUUCAUACCUCCUUCACUCGCUUUCACGCCCGGUCAAUCCCUUCCAUUAGCAUCAAUGCGUAUCUGACACGUAUUCUCAAGUAUUGUCCCUGCGCCAACGAGUGCUUUUUGAGUCUGCUGGUCUAUUUCGACAGGAUGGCCAGGAACGUGGAGGAGAUCACGGGCGGCGAAGGGCGACAGUUCUCGAUCGACAGCUACAACAUCCAUCGCCUUAUUAUUGCUGGGAUCAUGGUGUCUGCAAAAUACUUUUCCGACGUCUUUUUCACCAAUUCGCGGUAUGCCAAGGUCGGAGGACUACCUGUGUCAGAACUGAACCAGCUGGAGGUUGAGUUUUUGACGCUCAACAACUUUGCGCUGGCCAUCUCAAUCGAAGAGCUCCAAACUUAUGGCGAUCAAUUGAUGAAGCACUGGAUGUGUGAGGAGGUUGCAAACAGAGAUCCAGAGGACGAGAAGCCCUCGCCGUCGGUCCCAGCUGCACUGCCAGCAUCACCAGCACCUGAUCAAUACAACAGUUCCACGUCUCAUGAUAGCCGGGGACAACCUGAACAGCACCAUCAAGAAUUGAGAUCGGGCUCGUCGAGGGCACAGCACAGCCACAGCCAUACUCACCAAGAGAGUGGCCGGAGAGAGGGAGGCCAAGAGGGUGAUCACAGAGCGGCCCAUCAGAGGACCGACCUUAGGCACCACAAUUCGAACGAUCCUCGUCAUGAGCAUAGGCGGGACCACAGACAAGAGAACACACGGGAUUACAGGCAGGAUCAGAACUAUCCUCAGCGCCAGCAGCAUUCCUCGCAUUCGCAUCCGCAGUCUGCGCACCAGCAACAGCAGCAUCAUGUCCACAAGAAUGGCAGCAGUCGGCAAUAUAGACAAGGACAUGAUCCAGACAAUAGCUCAGACGGCGGCAGGUAUCACACUCCACAGCAGGUGCCGAUCACGCCCACAGAGAUGACCCAAGCAACAAGCCGACUCGCUGCACCCUCGCCUAUUCAUUAGCAUGCACAUCUGUACGAAUAAAUAUACUAAAAAAUUAGGAAUCAGCGAAUCGCCUUUGACGCCUGUGGUGGCCUCUGUGUGGACGUUGACAUUCUUCUUGGCAAGAGCUAGGAGACGGCAGAGAAUUUGAAUGCUCGC